UUCGGGAGGAGCUUGACAGUUCGCGUCGGCACUAGUUUCUCGGAGAGUUACACUUGCACUAGUGGUGUUCCUCAAGGAGGAGUGCUGUCUCCGCUGCUCUUUUUGAUUUACACAAUUGAGCUGCCUGAGCUGCUAAAAACUGGUAGUGACAUCCAUGUGCAAAUAUAUGCUGACGACAUCAAAAUAUACGCUGCUUAUGAGGAUGCGAGUACUAGUUCAGCGCAGCAAGCGCUAAGGUUGUCGGUGGAAAGAAUGAAUGAGUGGGCUUCAUCAUGGGAUAUUCCUUUGAACCUCAACAAGUGUUCAGUGAUGCAUUUCGGUAAUGCUACUGCGAUUGAUUACGUGAUUAAUGGAAUACACCUCCCGAGUGCUAGGUCUACUAAAGACCUCGGAGUUAUUUUUGACACUAGUUUGAAAUUCUCUAGCCACAUUGACAGCGUCGUUAAGAAAGCGCUGGCUACCUUAUUUCUGGUUAUGAGGAAUACGAGAUGCUCUGAUUUGUCCAUAGUGUUACGCCUCUACAAAGCAUAUGUGCUGCCUCACCUAGAGUACUGCUCACAAUUGUGGAGUCCUUACCUCAAAAAAGACUUUCGGAGGUUUGAAAGAGUCCAACACGUGUUCACUCUAAUGUUGUGGUAUAGGUCCAAAUCUACUGCAACCAUCCCCCCAUACCGUGUUCGACUGAAAUUGUUAUCCCUCCAUUCUUUGCAGUAUCGACGAGUAAUGACGGAUUUAGUGUUCUGCUUUCGCGUUCUUCGAAAAGAGUUGACGUUAUCUGCGAGUAAAUAUUGGACUUUCAGGCCAACCAGCGAAAGAUUAGGUGGGUUUAAUCUUCACUAA